AUGCUGAGGCGCAGGGCCAGACCAACUAUUGUCGCGUCACGCGGUUCCAAUUCAAUUUUUUACUACGCUGAAGAUGCAGUUCUUGAUUAUGCUCCCUCUUUUUACAAUGCUGCUUCCAGGUUUCCAUUGAUUGCAAACAUUGCAACUAUUGCUGGUGGUGUUGUCCUCCUUGAGCCGUGGCUUGUGAUUGGCCCUUUUUUUUACAAAGUCACCGCAGUGCGGGACUCAGCAGCUGCCUGCCAGGCAGAUGCUGUCACCGGCCGCGAAUGUCUCAGGUUUCUUGUCAGUGGAAGUGCAUGCGCAGACAUGUCAGAUUAUAUUGCUUCCGACGAUCUAACCUCUCUCGUUUCAUCCCCAUGUACCCCUCAUACGAACCCUACCUCCUUGGGAGAAUUCCGAUGCGGCUCAGAGUGCAGUCAAGAUGUCAAUGUUGACGAUUCACGGCUUGUGCCAGAAGGCGCAUACACUGGCAUCAACUGGGACCGGUUGGCAGGUUAUAUUCAACCUGGCCAGAAAAUGGAAAAACGUGGCUGGUUUUGGGAUUAUGGCUAUGAUGUCCAGAAAGGCACUGAUAUAAAGGCUCGCUUCUGGCUUUGCCGGGCUUGCCAUACAGCCCAUCCCUCCAGGACGGUUAUUUUCGUGUCUAGAGGCGUUGAUAACAUCAAGAACCACAUGUUGAAACAUCACCAACUAGACAAAGACGGCCGGCCGGCCAAGCGCCAGAAACAGGAGUUUGACAUUCUCCAACUUGACGCGCGUAACGGCCGAGAUCAGAAAAUCAUGAAUUAUUUUAACUCAACUUUCAAUCCUGAAUACUGGAAAAAGCUUCUUAUCCGUUGGGUAGUGCGCGACCAGAUCCCUCUCAGGAAGCUCGAAAGCGAGCACUUUCAAGCCCUCUGCCGCUACGCUAAUAAGCUAACAACUUCCACCCAUUGUAUUCCUCAUCACACAACGCUGCGAAAGAUGAUUAUUGCUGAGUACAGCAAGUACAAGGGGGUUGUGACAGAAUUGCUGAGGGCCGCCCAGUCCAAAAUUCAUAUGUCUUUUGACCUGUGGACAAGUAGGAAGUUGAAGUCAGGCACUGUCGUUCACUUUGUUGGCGAUGACAACCAAUUUUACACCUUCCUUCUUGCCCUCCCUGAGCAAGCCACCAGUCACGCUGGCGUCGAGAUCGCGGAGACAAUUAAGUCGAUUCUCACGGAGUUCGGGAUCGAGGAAGCCCAAAUUGGAUACUUCGUAGCGGACAAUGCCAGCGAAAACGACACCUGUUUAGAAAACCUUGCUUUCGAAUACAACUUCAAUAAGGAAUGGCGUCGCCUACGUUGCAUGGGCCAUGUUAUUAACCUCGUCGCGCGGAUACUUCUUUUUGGAAAGGACCCAAAUGGCUUUGCAGAGGAUCUCGAAGACGCUGCUGAUGACAGAGUGAAGCAUAUGGAACAGUGGCGCAGGGCUGGCCCAGUCGGGAAGCUCCAUAAUGUCAUGGUGUGGAUUGGAGAGUCUCCAGAACGGCUAAGGCAGUUCUACAACCAUCAAAGGUCUGAAUACAUCGCCACAGGUGAUCCAAAUGCAGACACGAAGCCCGUCUACGACCCAGUAGUCGCGAAUGGCACCCGCUGGAACUCUAACAAAGCUGAAAUGGAGCGCGGUGUUCAGCUUCGAAACGCCAUUGAUUCAAUAGUCGGUGUUGAAGUCUCCAAAUGGAACCAAUAUUGGGGUAGAAUUACUCGGAACGGGGUGUGCGAGCCUCCCGGAAAGCACCGAAAGAAACCUCACAUCGUUGAUGAUGCCUUAGAUAGUGACGAUUGGCAUGUCAUCACCACCUACCUAGAAAUGCUCACGCCGCUUGAACAGGCAACUCUGCGACUAGAAGGCCGCCCAGGCACUCCGGCAGGAGGCGAUAUUUGGGAGAUACUGCCUGUUUUUGAAUGGCUCCUCCACCAUUUUGAGGAGUUAAAAGUCCGCUAUGCAAAUCAUCCUAACCCUCAUUUUCGCCAUAAUGUCAAUCUGGCAUGGAUGAAGCUUGAUAAGUACUAUGCAUUGACAGACAAUUCGCCAGUCUAUGUGGCCGGUGUUGUUUUCCAUCCCCGCAUGAAAUGGGGUUUCAUUGAGAAACACUGGUCAGAUAAGCCCGAUUGGCGUGAUCGGGCAAAAGUGGCCGUUCGAAAUCUCUGGGAGGCUGAAUAUAAAAACAUCCCCCUUCCCACUCCAUCAGAGCCUCCACCUACGGAGCACAAAGUUGCGUACACAUCAGGUCUGAAUGACUUCCUAAAUGAUCUGAUCGGCCCUCCAGCCCCAGCGUCUGACGUUGAUGACGAAUACGAAGAAUACUGCAAUCGGAAGGAUCCUGAAGACUUGAAUUGCAACGACCCUUUCAAGUAUUGGCUUACGAAACGCGCAAUUUGGCCACGCUUAUCACGAAUGGCUCUGGACAUAAUAUCAAUCCCCUGUAUGUCCGACGAGCCGGAAAGGAUUUUCAGUUUGGCUGGCCUACUUACGCCCUCCAUGAGAGCCCGGCUUGGGUCAGAUUUUAUUGGCGCUUCUCUGUGCUUGGCGGAUUGGGACAAGAGGGGCGUGGUGAAUAUUUUAGGUUGA